AUGAGCGCCUGGGAUGCAUACAUUCAGAGCAUGAAAAGCUCUGGCCUGCAGGUGUGCGGUAUCUAUGGCCUUGAGGGCGGCGUGUGGGCCCAGUCUCCAGAAAUGAAGGCUACCCAGCAGGAAGUGGCCGCUAUUGUUUCUGGCAUCCAGUCACAGAACUUCAGCAAUGGUCUGUCAAUUGGUGGCGUCAGGUACACAGUGAUUCGGGUAUUUCCGGACACCGUCACUGCCAAGUGUCGAGGAGCCGCCCGGGAAGAGGAGAACUAUCUCCUGCAUGCUGCCCUGGCCAAAACCUGCGUCAUUAUUGGGGGGAUGUGUGGCCCGUCAGAACGAGACGCCACAAAACUAGUCGAAGAUAUUCGUGAUUACCUGGCAAAGAGCAAUUACUGA